CCCUGCUCUCAUUCAGCACCCUCAACUGAGUGUGAAAGGCAGUCGGUGAGAUGACUGACAGCGAUAUUUACUGCACGUUAGAGCUGCCUGCUGCACCUCAAGUCCCAGAUGGCUCCAGAUCGAAGCUCAAGGCUGUCUUACAGAGGCCCCGUCUUUCCUGCCUCGUGAUGGUGGCUUUGGGGCUUUUGACUGUGAUCCUCCUGAGUUUAGUGAUGUACCAACGGAUCCUGUACUGUGGCCACAAGAACUGCCCCAGCUGCCCCAGCUGCCCCAGCUGCCCUGACCUCUGGGUGAGGAAUGGUAGCCACUGUUACUAUUUCUCAGUGGAGAAAAAGGAUUGGAAUUCUAGUCUGGAAUUCUGUGUCAACAGAGGCUCACAUCUCCUUACGUUUCUGGACGACCAGGAAGUGAUCCCCAUCCGCAAGCAUUUGGACAAAACCUUUUACUGGAUCGGCUUGAGGAACAAGGACGGCUGGAGGUGGGAAGAUGGCCCAGUUCUAAGCUUAAGGAUUUUUUCUAACAGUUUGAUACAGAGGUGCGGUACCAUCCACAGAACUGGCCUUCAAGCCUCUAGUUGUGAAGUUCCUUUGCAGUGGAUCUGUAAGAAGGCCGUACACUGAUAGAUGCCAUGUCCUGAGCCUUGGGUCUGCCAUACGUCUUUAAAAAGAGGGAACUGGUCCAGAAAAUCCUUGUUCACAAAUGGAUGUUUAACAAAUGCCAAACCUGCUAUGAUAUGCCUUCAGACAGUGGAUUAGUUUAGC